CUAAACAGUACCUGCUCGCCAACAGACGUGUAGCCCAUCUUAAUAGCUGGCUACAGGGGCUGAUUCAGAUACCGAUCUAGUAUAGCAAACACCCAGCAGGGGUGACUCGGUUCGACAUAUUUAGUCUAAUAACGUGGUUAUCGAACUGGAAUCCCAAUGAGUCGACCGCGACCCAGUUGGAGUGAAGGCUAGCUUUAGCUAGCUGUAUCAAUGCGGUUUAAAGACACAAAAAAGGUCGAAAGAAGACACAACCGUAUUUCGGACCAAGGGAAAGACAAUGAUGGGAUGUGCAUUAAAAUACAACGACAUCAUUAUUUUUUAGCCAACGUUGACAUCGGAUGAUACUUUGGAAAAAAAUAUAGUUUUUAGUAUAAUCUUUUUUAAUAUGGAGUUUGCUAAUAGAAUCGGCCCAUCGAAAGACCUCAAGAGCCAUCUGGCAAAAAUGAGAUUUUAUUGCUUUUACUGUAAUCACCUUUCAUACAGCAAUUCAGACCUCAGCCAGCAUCUAGUACAGAAGCAUUCAAUAUUCCCAUUCAAUUGUCAGCUCUGUGAGUAUGGAGCCUUGAAAAAAGACAGUAUUUUGCAGCAUGUGAGGCAAAUACACACUCCACCAAUGAAUGUUACCCCAUUGAAGCUAGACAGACGGCACGUUUCUGUUUCCAACACACCACCGAUAUUAAGCAGUACUUCAACAUCAGUGAGCCCAUUUGCUGGGACCACAGCAUCAUGCUCCAAGCCAUUUGUGGCAAGAUUGGACAAAGCUGGACAUUUAAGUGAAACGGUGAGGGUAAACUCAUCACCCAAAGUGCAAACAGGACUGUUGGCGCCAUUGCGUGAGCAAUUGGAAAAGAACCAACCAUUAACCGUUUCCGUCCCAAAUGAAGUGACCAUCCCAGCUGGCUGCUUUGUUGAGCUUAUAGAGGUGAAAACAGUCAAUGGAAAGAAAGAACUGAAGCUAAGACGUGUCCCACAAACACCAAGUGGGUCUCUGGCAAAGGCUAGUAAAUGCGCAACUUCAAAAAAUGCAGCGACAGUUAAAUCAUUAGUGUCCAACACUAUCCUGAACAGAAAAUGCUCAGGGAGUGACGGAACAUGUGCAGCUAACCAACUGACCUUAAAGCGAAAGAAUUUGGAACAACCGCAUGCACCCAGGAAUACUUUGGAUUUAGGGAAGCAGUCCACACAUUUGCAGACACCAAAUCCAUCCCAGGGCAUUAACUCUGAAAACCUCAAUAGAGUAGACAUCGAGUCAUCAGAGAUAAAAGAGGAGAUGGUGAAAGAAGAGGACUUAGUUUUUUGUCCCAAAAUGCAACACUUGACAAAUGUCAAAAGUGUGGCCAUGUCGGAUAAUAUCAAGAAUGCAUGUCCAUCCUUAAACUUUAAGUUGGAAACGAAUACAGAGUCAUCAAAUAUGAACUUCCCAACUGAUCCUCCUCCCAACAAUCAACUAAAGGAGGAAAAGAAUAGUUCUUUUUCUGACUCACUGUUGAAAGAAACUGUUUCAGAAGAGAACUUACUUGAUGACAAAAUUACAGGACAAGAAGCAUUUCCAGUUAUCUCGUGCGUGUUUUCCCUGAGUCGGCAAUCAGAAGACCUUCAAGGUUGCUCGCAACCCAUGUGGAUGGCUUUACAGAAAAUUGCCAUGGGAGAUUCAAGUUUGCCGUCUCUCAAGACAUCGUUGAUUUAUGAAAAGCAGACACUGGCUUUGGUCACAACACAAAAAGAGGACAUGAAGACUGGGAACAAUGACAACAAUGGAUAUAUCAAAGAUUUGCCCCUUGUUUAUGACCAAAAUAUAUUGGCCAAUGCAGGGGAGCAGGCUGACCAGGUAGAGUCAGAAAAGACUGAGGAACUUUCUAAACACAUGGAAACACAAACUGUGAAUUAUUUGUGUGUCAAGGAUGAACAAAGUGUAAAGGCUGGAGGUCUUUCAGUGUCAUUCCCGCAAUGUACCAUCAACAAGCAGGACACCUGUCCCAGAUUGUCUUCAUACCUUACAAUAUCAUUGAAAAGGAUUAGGUUGAAUGACGAUAAGACACCAAAUCAAUCUUUAAGCAGGAAGCAACUCCACCUCAGACUAGAAAAGAGAAAAAAACAAUGGAAGGUAUCCAGCAUACGGAGGCUGACACACAGACUACAUACGUCUGGAAACUUUAUUAGCCUUAAGGUUGACCAACUGGUGAAGCAUCCAGCUCAAAACCAACCUGUGGUGGUGCUCAACCAUCCUAAUCCACAAGCUCUGAGGAAGAAGACGGAAACCGAGAGGGUGAAUGGCACCUCAGACUCUAAGGUUAUUCCAACGUGCCACAUCCUGAAGAUGAAGCUGAACAAAGUCAUGGGACAGAAGUACGAGGUGAUGGGAUGUACUGUGAGGGUUUAUCCAUAGGGGCAAGGGGGCAUAAUGGGCAAAAUGCUAAUACUGAAACCAUUUAGAAAAAUGACAGGAUUGGAUAGUAAUUGUAUACAAGUACUGUGUGUAUCUUGAAACUGAGUAAUGUUUGACGACAUUGAAUUAAGUGUUGCUAUCAAACUGCCAAUCUGAAGAACAAAGCCGUAACUCACAUUAUUACAUAUAUUGUCAGAUGUUCAUGUUUCAUCAUUACCUUCUCUUACUAGUAUUUUAUGGAAACCUUUUUCUUUUAGAAUUACUUUCAGUACUAAAACAAAAAGUAUUUUACAAAUGUGGUACCUGGAAGUAUUUGAAGGAUUGGAUUGCUCACCAGUAGCCUACCACCAUUUAUACCUUUUUGUUCGAAUGAUGACUGAUUCUUUGUCUGUAGUUUUACAGAAAACAAAUUACAUUACGUCUUUUUUCUUCUUCUAAAUAUUGUAGCCACAUUUCUUGAAAGCAUUCUACUGACAUUUUCAGAUUUGAAAGAAAAAACAUUCUCAGACUUUUAUUUUGUAAAUAGAUCUCCAUCCAUUGUAAGGACAUGAUCAGCAUGCUUUGCUAUAUUUGUGAUCCGUAUUGUCAUUUUAAAUAAAGGUUUUUUGAUUAAAGUUGU